CUUCAUUUCCCCUCCCCCACUAAUCCCCCCCUCAACCCACCUCUUCUCUCCCCCUUAUUGUAUACACGCUUUGGUUCCAUGCUCACCACCACACUUGGUUCCAGAUUUUAGUGAGUUGAAAAAGGAGUUAGUUACGUUGUGUGUGUUGAUGUGGUUUUGUCAAGUGUGAGGCAAUGCCGUCCGGUGUAAACACACUCACACACCCUCCAAGUGUCAAGACGAUUGUUGGUGUUGACUUGUGUUGACAUGUGUCUAAGUGCCUAGUUAUCAUUGUGUGGAGACUGUACCCCUCCCCUGGUGUGUGUGUGUCACUGCUCCUCUCCCAUGGCUACCUCUCCCAUGACAACCUCUCCCAUGGCAAGUCUCUGCUGAAUAAGGUGUGGGCGGGUGUAGAGUGACUGGGAGCCAGCGGCCGGCACACUAAAUAUAGAGCUGGCAGGGUGGCUGGCUUUGGAUCUUCUCCCACUGCUGCUGCUGGCGGCAGUGGCACUAUUCCGCCCCCACUGGCCUGCACACCUCCUCACCACCACUACUGCGCCGUCACUCAAGGUUUCCUCUGUGUUCCCCCCUCCCCCCUCGUGUGUGUGUGAGAUGGGUGUUAAAGGCAGUACCACUCAGUGUGAUGUACUGUCCCAGGACAGUAGCCUGACUGCUGCCCUCUGACCCGGCAGGUCACCUGACAGUACUGGGUGUUUAAGAGGGCCAGUGCCACAGUGGCAGAUACUGGGUGGUGUGCUCCGCAAGGAUAGUGAUACAGUGUGAUAUUCUGGGUGGUGUGUUCUACAAGAAUAGUGCCACAGUGUGAGAUUUUUGGUGGUUCACAAGGAAAUUGCCACAGUGACAACAGUGAAUGGACAGUGAGCCUCGCCUAUCCUUAGUUGCUGAAGUGGUCCGGGUGAUGACCUAGCCACCAUGCCUGUGCCACCAUCCACGCCCACCGUGGGCACCAGGUACCCGUCUUACACUCACUAUCCCUCGUACCGAACUCCGUCCUCGGCCGCGUAUCUGGCGCGAACGACGUCUCUCGACCGCUCCUCCUACACCAGCAGCUACGGCAGCUCCAGCAGCAGCAGUUCCUACGGCAGCUCCUACGGCAGCGCCUUCGCCAGCAAGUACUCGCUGCCGCCUCGACCCUCAUACUCGGCCUCGUCCGAUACAUACCGCAGUAGCCGCAGCCUGCGGCAGUCCCCCGUCAGGCCGUCUUACUCGAGGCUUAGCUCAGAUUCCCAGCUCGAAUCCCCGCCGCCUGCGGCCUCGUCCUCAUCUCGCUACACCUCGCGUUAUUCACGAGAUUCAGCUAAUCGAGAAACCUCGACCUCGCGGGACUCUGGCUACAGCUCGCGCCUUGCGUCUCGCGACCGUUCCAUCGACGCUGUGAACGGCAACGGGAUCGACACCAGCCACUUCGGUCCCUCGCCGUCCUCGUACGCCUGCAACUACCGCUGGGAAGCGCGGGAAAAGGACAAAAGCGCCGAGGACGACUCCAAUCAGAAUGGCGAGGCUGAGAAAGUGCGCAUCACGGAUCGCAUCCGCGCGUUCGAAACCCGCACCUCGGCGCGGGAAAGCGGCGGAGGACUCUUGGCCGGAAGGGAAAGUGCGGUUCCGUCAUCUAGAGACACCGGAUUCUCCUCCUCUCGGGAGAGCGGAUCGAACCGAGACAAAAGCUAUCUAUCCGGUGCGGAGAGCGGUGUGUCCAGGCGUCGCGCGUAUGUAUCCUAUCCCUCCGACGCUCCUUCUCGUCCCUCGGCUAGGAAGAUGUCUCCGGAGGGCGGCGAGGCUCGAGAGAGAGGCGAGGACAGCGGCAGCAGCGGCGAGGAAAGGAGACAGUCGGUGACGGAACUGUGCCGUAAAUACGACACCAACCACAACGUGACGAACGGCUUGUCGCGGCACGACGACGACGAGGACGGCAGCGAUGGCAGCGUGUGUUCGGGCGAGGCCACGGCGGCAGAGUCUUCAGCUACACCUAAGACCCGUAAGCGAACAGAUUCCGCCAGUCGAAGUGAAAGAACCGGUUCGCCCGUCUCUUCUCGCGUGGAUUCACCCAGCAGGUCUCGGGUGGACUCCCCUGCGCGUAAUCACUUGGACUCGCCUUCGAGAACACGUUUGGACUCUACGGCGCAAGUCCACAAGGACUCCCCUGGGAGGAGUCGCCUGGACUCCCCCACUAGAGGACACAGGGACUCUUCUGGCACGUCUCGGACUGACUCUACUUCGACCCGGGAUGGCCGCUCCUCGCCCGUCCUCAAUGGCAGUUUUGAGAAGCCCAAGACCCGAGUUGGGGUGGAGAGCUACGAUGGUUCCCGCUCUCGCUACCGCCGGGACCGUGUUAGAGAACGGAUAGCAGCCCGCCUCGCCUGGGAGACUGAGGAAGGUUCCCCGCCGCGUCGCCACCAGUCUGGUAUCAGCACCUGUUCGUCCUCGAGUAGUGGUAGUAGUGGUGGUGUAUUAAGUGAAAACAAUGGACUGCUGGGAUUAAGAAACAUCGGCAACACAUGCUUUAUGAACAGUGUGACGCAGUGUCUCAGCAAUACGAGAUGCCUUUUAGAAUAUCUGGUUCGAGAUGGCUAUUCCUCGGACAUAAAUACCACUAUAUCCACUAUGAAAGGCGACCUUAUACGCGCCUUCGCCAACUUACUGUCAGACAUGUGGAAUGAGGGGGGAGAUAACAGUAGAGCCCUCAACACGGGACCAUUUAAAUCGCAAAUCCAGAGGUUUGCACCAGUAUUCUCAGGUUACCAGCAGCACGAUGCUCAGGAGUUCCUUCGCAAGUUGCUGGAAGGUUUGCAUGAAGAUGUUAAUCGUGUCACUGCCAAGCCAAAGCCUAUAACAGAAGAUAUUGAUGAAGACUUGGAUGACAACCAGAAAGCGAUGGAAUCUUGGAAACGGUAUCUUCGAUAUGACGACAGCAAGAUUGUAGAUAUGUUUGUUGGUCAGUUGAAGUCAUGUCUACAAUGUUCUGUAUGUGGUCACUGUUCUGUAACUUUUGAUCCGUUUUGGGAUCUCAGUCUACCAAUUCCCAGCAAAUCUGGUCAAGUUCGACUAGCGCAGUGCCUUGACCUCUUCACCAAGGAAGAAGUACUAGAUGGAGAUGAAAGACCUACAUGUUCCAAGUGCAAAGAGAGAAGAAAAAUGACAAAAACCUUCAGCAUACAGAAGUUUCCAAAAGUUUUUGUUCUUCAUUUGAAGAGGUUUUCACCUUUAGAACGAUGGCGGGGAAAGUUAUCAUGCACGGUGGAAUUUCCAUUGGAGGGCCUUAAUCUAUCCAAAUAUGCAUCAAGCUCGAGUGCCUCACCUCUCUACAACCUCAGUGGAGUUGCCAACCACUCCGGAACUACAUAUUCAGGCCAUUAUACUGCCUACUGCAAACAUCCCUAUUCAGGCACCUGGCACGAGUACAAUGACUCAAGAGUGUCGAAUAUUUCUCCUGGGAGAGUGUGCAGUCCCGAAGCAUACGUACUGUUCUACGAAUUAUCAUCCACAUCAUCCAAAUUAUAAUGCUUGUAUUUGAUUAUGCGUGAAUGUGAAGGAGUGUGUGCGUGUGUUUUGUGGGCAUAAAUACACGUUAUUCCUGUAUAAUAUAUUUAUAAUAUAUAUACAGACCUGUAUUUAAUAUACAUGUGUAUAUUAUAUACAUGUAUAUUAAUUAUAUAUUCAGUAUGUCAUAUUUAAUAGCCAGAGUUGCUCUUACGUUCAAAUCUUGUGUAUUUUUUUUAUAUAUCUUAUAUUUUGAUAGAUACUUUAAUUUUAAUACACUAUGUAUGAUAUGGACUUUUUAUUUUGUGCAAAAAUUAGCUUAACUGUCUGACCUAAUCCAUAUAUGCCUAUUAUUCCUAAAAUAUACUAUUAAUAUAACCAAUUUAAUUAAGUGUAAUGCAUAUUUUACAAACUAGAGAAAAUAAACAAUAAUUUCCACCUAAUAGGAAAAAUAGUCCCUUGCCUAUCUAAGCAUAUUAGUGUGGUUCUGGCCGUUAGGUACGAUAUAUUUGCAGUGCAGUAUAUAAUAUAUAUUGUACAUACAGUAUAUACUUACAAUUUAUUAUAUACUGUGUAUACAUACUGUGUAUGACUGCAUGUAAGGUUGUCAAUGUGUUUAUACUAAUGCCACAAUACUUAAGGAAAAAAUGUGUGUGAAUAAACUGCUCAAAAGUAGGAGUGUAAGUGUGAACGAUAAGUUUUUACGCGUUGACGUGUGACGACGUAUUUGAAAUGUAAUAUCUCUUAAACUACUCAAGAAGACGAGAUGCAGCUUAAAAUCUCUGAAGGUUGUUCGACCUCAAAAGAGGCAAACCAAAGUGCACAUUGUAGCGACUAAGUGUUACAUGUUACAUCAGUUUCCGAAAAAAUUUUGAUACCAUCUCAGUUUGUAACAUGUUACAAGAAUACUGGAAUAUCUUACUGUCCCAAGUGUUGUCGAGGCAAGUCAUUCCUGCUGUUUUGGCCCACAUCUUGUAAUAUAUAUAUAUAUAGUGUUCAUGUGAUCAGUUCUUAUAUUGUAUAUGUCCAGUUUUAGUGUAUAUGUCCAGUUUUGGUGUCAAUUUGUGUCAUGUUUAAACAAAAUUCAAAUGCAAGCUAUCCACAUCCAAGAGUAAAAUUAAUUCAACGUUGAAGUGUUGUUAACGCUGCAGUAACAUUACUGUUGGAUAUUGUGCCCAAUGAAUAUGCUGCUGCACAAGGCAAGUAUAACAUAUUACACCUACACAAACACGUGCACAAAUAAAAACAUACUGGUACUGAAUAUGCACACUUGUACAUCAUGAAUUUAAUAUUUAUACAAAUCUAGAGUAGUUUUUUCAAUACCGAUAGAAUAUUUCCACAAACAAUACACGGCUCAAUGCACCAAGUUUUGCAGUAAUGGAAUUGUGUAUAUGUAUACAUAUUAUAAAUAACUAAUAUAUAU